AUGCAAGAAAUAAAACACAGUAACUUGCUAAACAUUGUGGGAAUAGAUAUUAGCAAGAUCUCUGUUAAAAUAUUCAAACUUGUGCUGAUUCUGAUAAUGCAUAGUGAUUGUAUGAAGAACUCUAUCAGUGUUAUCACUGCAGCUGCGUUGUCAAAAGAUCAAGCUUUGCCAACUAUGACUGAACUGGAGGAGAUACCUUUUGAAGCGGAACUUAGUAUGGCCAUUGAUGCACUUGCAAAUGGCCAGGCAACUGGUGGAGACGGCAUUCCUGUAGAAAUUAUUAAAGCUGGGAAACAUGCCUUACUGAAACCACUUCACAUCGGAGUAAAAGAAAAAUGUGUUUUGGCGCCAACACUCUUUGGUAUCUUUUUUUCUGUUGCCCUUGCUACAGCUUUCAAUUUUAUGGAAGAUGGGGUAUACAUCUACAGUAGAUUUUAUGGUAAAUUCUUUAACCUGGCUCAACUUAAAACUAAAACAAAAAAACACAUUCUUAAACGAGUUACCGGUAAUCAAUAUAGAUGA